CCGCCGCCCCCCUCCCUCCUUCCCUGCGGCUCCCCCGGCUUUCCGGAGCCCGGGGGCGGACUGUGGCGCGCCGAGCCCGCUCCAGACUGCGCCUCUUUGGACCUUGAGGGGAAACAUGCGUUUGGCUUGGAUCGUUUUAAAUUCUUAGUUUGGGAUCCCCGCCUGCCUGCCUCUUCCGCCCCGCGGGGUUUCUUUUUUCCUUUUUCUUUUCCUGUUCUUUUUUUUUUUUUUUCUCCUUUUUCCCCUCCCGGUCUCCUUUUUGACUUCCUCGCCAUUUAUGCUCGCCCAACCCUCCCCCCGCUGCUGAGAGGUGGGGGAGGGUCUCGGCCUGCAGGUUCCCGCCCCACCGGGCCCGGGCGAGCAUGGGGGGCAAGCAGAGCACGGCGGCCCGCUCCCGGGGCCCCUUUCCGGGAGUCUCCACCGAUGACAGCGCCGUACCCCCGCCGGGAGGGGCACCCCACUUUGGCCACUACCGGGCGGGCGGCGGGGCCAUGGGGCUGCGCAGCCGCUCGGUCAGCUCGGUGGCGGGCAUGGGCAUGGACCCCAGCACGGCCGGGGGGGUGCCCUUUGGCCUCUACACCGCCGCCUCCCGCGGGACCGGCGACUCCGAGAGGGCGCCCGGCGGCGGAGGGUCCACGUCCGACUCCACCUAUGCCCAUGGCAAUGGUUACCAGGAGACGGGCGGCGGUCACCAUAGAGACGGGAUGCUGUACCUGGGCUCCCGAGCCUCGCUGGCGGAUGCUCUACCUCUGCACAUCGCACCCAGGUGGUUCAGCUCGCACAGUGGUUUCAAGUGCCCCAUUUGCUCCAAGUCUGUGGCUUCAGAUGAGAUGGAAAUGCACUUUAUAAUGUGUCUGAGCAAACCUCGCCUCUCCUACAAUGAUGACGUGCUGACUAAAGACGCGGGUGAGUGUGUGAUCUGCCUGGAGGAGCUGCUUCAGGGGGACACAAUAGCCAGGCUGCCCUGCCUGUGCAUUUAUCACAAGAGUUGCAUAGACUCGUGGUUUGAAGUAAACAGAUCUUGUCCAGAACACCCUGCGGACUGACCCUGCUGGGCUCCCUUGCUGACUCCUCUCAAAGAUUGCCGUAUGCUGCCCAGCUAGAGCCCACUCGGUGACAGCCGGACAGGCCACGUGCUUUGAGGGCCAGGAGCACACGCACAUGGUCUCCUGUGCCCAGCACCCGGCCCUCUCCAUCAUCAACCGCUCUGCCUUGGGUGUUCUGUGGUUUUUGUUCCUUUUUUUUUUUUUUUUUUUUUCUGGCUUGUUUUUGCACUUUUCUUCCCUUUGGGACCCUGAUAUCUUGACUUCAUUGCCAAAAAAACAAACCAUCGAGGACCUUCUCCCCUCCAUUCCCGUUCUCCCUCCUGGUUCUGGUCAGUUCAGAGGAUUUAACAAUCACAAGUGUCCUGCAAAAAUGCCUGAAUAUUUUUCUUAGACCCUUGUGUGGAUUUUCUUUUCCAGAAAACUUAGAUAAACAAAAGACUUAUUAAAAGAAUAUGUACAGCUACCCCUGUUUUCAGGCACUCUGAGAACAUUUUAGCCAUUGAUGUUCACACGUGGCAUCAGCCCAUGCAAGAUAGGUUUCUGUAUUUAUAUAUUAAAAUACAAAUAAAACCUUAUAAAAUGUUUAAAAAAAUGUUCAAAGCUUGGGGGAAAAGCUUUCUUCAUUAGUCAAGGUGUUUUGAUAUGGUAUUAAAAUAAUGUCUAAUAAAAGAUGCACCGUGUGACUUUA